UGACCUGCAGCAGUUCAACAAAACACAACAAAAAGAAAGUAAACAGUAUAUAGAGAGGGGAGGAGAAGAAUGGAGGAAGUGAGAAAUUAUAGAAAAUCUGAAUCUGGAAAUCUUGUUGCCAGCAAGGAUCUAUCCACAGGAGAUAUUGUUCUCUCCCUGCAACCCCUAGCAGCAGGUCCAGGGCGGAGUAAACUUCCUGUCUGCCUGGGCUGUAAUCUAAGACCUGAGAAAGGUUUGAUUGCCUGCUCUAUCUGCUCCUGGCCAAUCUGCUCCGAACAAUGUCAAACUUCUUUAAAUCAUUCUUCUGAGUGUAAAAUAUUACAGAAGGAAGCUUGUGAUAAGGAAGGAUUCUCAAAGGUUUCAGAAGAUUAUGACUUUAUCCACGUUCUCCGUCUUGUGAUGAAAAUUCAAUCAAAUCCAGAAAUCAGAAAAUCAAUCGAAGGAUUAAAACUGGACAUGUCCAAAAUCCUGGAGAAAAAUGUAAAUAAAUACGGAAAAGAAAGUGAUAACAAAAUUGUGAACAAGAUUAAAACACUUGUCUUGGCCCCAGAAGAUGUGAUUAAACUGGCAAUUUGUUUCAUUGAGAGAUAUAACAUUCCAUUGGACUGCGGAUCCAGAGCCGUCUACUUAGACACAUCAAAUAUAGAGCACAGCUGUUCCCCAAACACAUACUUUAUUGGUCUACCAACUGGUUUCUGCCUUUACAGGGCUGCCAGGCACAUCAAAGCUGGUGAGGCCAUUACAUCAUGCCGAGUUCCUCUGGAUAAGUGCACUUACUUUAGGCAGAAGCUGAUGGAAGAAGAAGGUUUGAUUUGUAACUGCAGUAGAUGUGAAGACGGAUCAGAAUAUGGAACUGGAUACGGAAGCUUGGUUUGCUCUCAUUGCAGUGGUUAUAUGUCUCCCUCAAACCACCAUCAACCCACAAACCAGUGGACAUGCUCUACAUGUGGAGAAAAGAAGUCUGGAGCUGAAUGCAUUGCCACGCUAGAAAAACUUCAAAAGAUUCUGGAUGAAGCUGAGAAAGAUCCUAAAGUUGGCACAGCUGAUUUUUAUGAAAAUAUUUUGAAGCGCGAAGGAGUUUGGAGCGAAGUGCCAAACAAUUCCCAGUUGAUUCUUGAUGCAAAGAAGAAACUAUCCUAUAUUUACCAAUACCACAAGGAUUAUUAUUUCCCCCAGGUGGAUUGGUUGAGGAGGAAGAAAGACUAUUGCAAAGAUUUGCUGGACAUGGGAGCAGUCCUAUUCCCUGGACGGAGCUAUGCCAGGACCUUGAUCGAUUAUGAACACGUGUCAGCAACCUGCGCUCUUAUUCCUGCUCUUAGAGAGGCAGGAUUUCAGAGCAAUGAGGUAAACCCUGUCUGCUAUGAAGUAGUUGAGCUCUGUAAAGCUCCGAUGGAAAUGAUGAUCGAAGAAGAUGAUCGUUCAAUGCACAAUGCGUUCAUGCAGAUGAAGAUGAUCGCUACUGAAGCAAGAGAGGAACAAAAAACAAGAGUUUAUCUAAACAUGUUUGGAGAUGAUGAUGAGGACUGGUAAAAUAUACAACUUCGGUACAAUGCAGAGCUUAUUUUCAUCUAGUUUUACUUGACAUAAUCAUACAAGCUUUCAUCAUUGACAUUUAUUUACUUUAGAAAUAAAUUAAAAUAUUUUUGUAGAA